AGCUUAUGCGUCACCAGUACUAUUAGUUACAAAAAAAGAUGGCGACGCAAGACUUGUGGUUGACUAUAGAAAGUUGAAUGCUCAAACGGUGAGAAAAGUUUUUCCUACUCCUAAUAUAGACGAGCACCUGGAAACCCUACAUGGAGCAACGUUGUUUACAACUCUUGAUCUUGCCUCCGGUUACCUACAGGUACCUCUAACUGAAACGUCUAAAGAGAAAACUGCGUUUAUCACACCGAGUGAGUCGGGUCAAUUCGAACGAAUGGUUUUCGGUCUCAUCAACGCACCCUAUGAAUUUUCGAGGUUGAUGCAACGAAUAUUACAACCAUUGAAAAACAAAGUCGCUAUGUGGUACUUGGACGAUAUUCUGGUACCAUCAACAUCGUUCCAGGACUUGAUAAAUCGGUUGAGUCAAGUAUUCGAUGCACUUAGAGAAGCAAAACUGACUCUCAAGUUGAGUAAAUGUCAUUUUGGAUGCACUGAAGUAGCAUAUUUAGGAUUUAUGUUGUCAGCAGCUGGAGUGAGGCCUGGUGAUCAAAAGGCCAUAGCCAUACAACAAUAUCCAAAACCUAAAAACAAACAUGAAGUGAGACGAUUUCUUGGUUUAUGUGGGUUUUUCAGAAGGUUCAUUCCACGUUAUGCGGAGAUAGCCCGACCAAUAAGCGACUUACUUCGGGAUAAUGAGCAAUUUGUGUGGACAGAGACUCAGGAGGAAGCGUACAACAAUCUGAAGGCCAGGUUGGUCAGUAAACCAGUGCUCCAAGUCUUCAACCCUAAUGCGGAUACUGAAUUACACUGUGACGCUAGCAGUGUGGGUCUGAGUGGCAUGUUGCUUCAACGAGGUGAAGGUAAGAGGUUACACUUGGUGCAUGCUGUAUCAAAAAAGACUACCUCAGCUGAACGACAUUACCACUCGAGCAAGCAGGAGCUAAUGGCAGUGGUCUGGAGUAUGUGUAGAUUGCGACCUUAUUUAAUUGGGAUUAAAUUUUUAGUUGUUACAGAUUGUCAGGCAAUAGUACAUCUUAAUACCCAAAAGACUCUGAACCCCCAAGUAGCGCGUUGGGCAACGCUCCUAAGUGAGUAUAAUUUUGAUAUAAAGCAUCGUCCAGGCAGUAGGAUGGAUCAUAUUGAUGCCUUGAGUCGUGCGCCGACAAGCAUGUCACAGGACACUGAAACUGAAUUAUUGGACGAGCACAUGGAAGUGUUUAUUGCUAUGACCGAGGAGGAUCAGGUGAUAGCAAUGCAGCAGGCAGAUGUGAAACUGAAAGCAAUCAUGAGUAUCCUUAGUCAAGAAGAAUCAGAACAUACAACAACCGAAGCUGAAAGAGUGAAAGAUUACCAACUUCACCAUGGUAUGUUAUAUAGGAAGGUGACGGUGGACAACAACGAAACAAGGUUAUUAUGGGUAGUACCUGAGUCAAUGCGAAAGAGUAUAGUGGUAAGGUUCCAUGACUUGGCGGGUCAUUUCGCAGUGGACCGGACAGUCAGUAAGAUAAAAGAAAAGUACUACUUCCCAAUGAUGCGCAGAUACGUGAAGAUGCACAUUAAUUGCUGUCCUGAGUGCAUACUAAUUAAAACCCCCCGAGGAAGACAGCCUGGUGAGCUUCACCCCAUUACCCCAGGUAAACGACCGUUCGAGGUGAUCAACGUUGAUCACAUUGGUCCGUUUAUGAAAUCAACAAAAGGUAACAGUCAUAUUAUAGUGUUGAUUGACAAUUUAACCAAAUAUGUUAAGCUAUAUCCAGUGAAGAGCUGUGGCACAGAGGCGGUAGUGACAAACUUACAGUUAUUUGUGAAGUCAUUUGGGACGCCAAGGCGAAUUAUCAGCGACCGAGGGACGGCCUUCACGUCUAAGGCAUUCGAAGCAUUCUGUGUACAAUAUGGUAUUCGCCAUACGUUGAACUCGGUGAGACACCCACAAUCCAAUGGACAGGUGGAACGUGUCAACAGCACCCUAGUUCCGGUAAUGCAGUCAACUAUGGAGUCGGAUCGGACCUGGGAUAAACGUAUAUCUGACAUCGAGUGUCAUUUGAAUAAUGCUUAUAACAAAACAAUCGGUGAUACACCUUUUCAUGUAUUAUACGGAUAUUAUCCAAGUUUUAGGGACGGAGUGUUGCAGCAUGUGACAACAAACGAGGUAUGGGACUCUGCAGCAGAGAUUCAAAACAAAAUCCGGGAACGCAUAUCUAGAGAACAUCAGCAAUGGAAGCAACGGUACGAUUCUAAGCAUGUCAAGCCAAUACGUUAUGAGGUUGGAGAAGUGGUAUUCAUACGCAGACCACCAGAAGCCACAGGGGAGUCAACAAAAUUGCAGUUCAAAUACCGUGGCCCACUGGUAGUUACUGAGGUACUACCUAAUGAUGUUUAUCGAGUGGCAGGGCUACGCGUCGAAGCUGGAAAACGUUAUGUGACUGUCGUUCACGUUUCACAUAUUAAGGGAUAUCAUCUACCAGCAAAUGAGGAACCAAACGAAGACUCAACAGUGAUGGGGCAUGAGGAAGAAGAUAUGAAGCAUGAGGAAGAAGACAUGAAGCAUGAGGAAGAAGACAUGAAGCAUGAGGAAGAAGACAUGAAGCAUGAGGAAGAAGACAGACCACGAGAUGUACCCAAUACCGAAGAGAUAGAAGUAAAGGAGUCAGAAGUAAAAGACAAACAACCCAAACGUGUAAAGAAAACACCAGCUUGGCAUUCAUCUUACCAGAUGUAA